GCUUCCCCUCCCAAUUCCCAUCUCCCCCCCACCAGAUUUCAAAUCCCGCACCCCGUCCGCCGCCCCUCGCCGCCAUCCAUGGACGCCGACGACAUGGACGUCGACGAGAUCGACUCCCCCGCCUCCGCCUCCGCCUCCGCCUCCGGCCCCCUCUCCGCCUUCCUCUCCGAGCUCGCCGCCCUCCACCGCCGCGCCUCUUCCUCCUCCACAUCCACCUCCCCGCCCUUGUCCCUCCCUUCCCUCACCCUCCUCUCCUCCCCGGCCACCGCCCUAGCCCCGGCCUCCCCCCUUGCCUCCCUCUUCUCCCCGCUCCCCUUCCUCUCCUUCCUCCUCGCCCUCCGCAAGGCCGCCACCGACACCCAUAACCCUAGCGCCGCCUCCGACUCCGCCCCCCGCAAGCGCAAGAACCAGCGCCACCAAGCGGCCACGCGGUCCCCGUCUUUCCUUCCGCAGGCACUCUCCCUGCUCGCCGAUGCCGCGGGGAGGCUGCCGCUCGGGGAGUACCCUGAUGCGCUGAGGUCGCUCAUCGACACCGCCGCCGAGCUCGCGGCCUUCAAUGUCCUUGCCGCCGUCCUUGGAUCUCGCUACCACGCCGAGGCGGUGCAGGAUGUGAUACGCGCGCUGGUACCACUGGUGCUCUCGGGUGCGAAAUCGGCUGUGCGGUCGUCCGCGGUCGAGUUCUUGGUCAGAAAGAUUGUGCCUUUGGGUGCUGAUGAGGAAGGGGAGGAGGAGGGGAUAAGGAAGUUGGUGGGCUACCUGCCGAGGCUUUUGGCGGUGAAGGCACCGGAGAAGUCGGAGGCGAGGGGGCUGGCCGUUGAGGCCAUAGUUGAGGUGGUGCAGGCAAUGGAGCCACUUCAAAGGGAGGGCUUCGCUGCAUAUCUGGUGGCCAUGUCCAGGGGCAAAGCAAAGGGACGGCUGUUUGCUGUGGAUAUGGUCCUGGCAAUGCUGCCGGUGCUGUUGCCUUCGGAAAUCGAUGAAUCUGGUCUCCAGGAGGGCUCUUGGGGGCUCAAGUGUGUCCAGGUGUUGGUGGAGAGGUGUUCAGACAGCGCUGGAGCCGUCCGCGCUCGGGCCUUGACGAAUGCAGCCCAUGCGCUUGAUGUUUUGUCUGAAAGAGGCGUGGAGGUCGAUCGAUUGCAGGAGGUGAUGAAGAUAGGGAACAUGGGUCUUGGAGAGUUGUUGAGGAGAAGGUGCAUUGAUGAUAAGGCUGCUGUGAGGAAAGCUUCACUUGUGCUCAUCACCAAGGCAAUUGGUUUGAUUGGCAGGCCUGUCGAUGAGUCGCUACUUACUGCAAUGGGGGCUGCAUGCUCUGAUCCGCUAGUCACCAUUCGCAAGGCGGCUCUUGCAGCCAUCUCAGAGGUGUUCCGGAAAUUCCCAGAUGAGAGUGUGACAAAGGAGUGGCUUCAGGCUGUGCCAUCACUGAUGAUUGAUAGUGAGACCAGUAUCCAGGAGGAAUGUGAGAACUUGUUUCUUGAACUGGUUCUGAACAGGGUCUGCCAAGCUGCCAAUUUGAAACUGGAUGAUGAUUCAGUCAACUUGGAGGAGCUGUUCCCGGACGGGACACUGGAUUUGCUGAAAAGCAUAUGUGAUGGAGAGGUUGUUCCCUGCAUAAAAAGGAUAUGUGCAAGCCUUGGGAGGAAGAAAAAGCUGAGACCACUGCUUGCUAGUUCACUCCAGAAUAUAAUAACAAUAUCUGAAACCUUGUGGUUGAGAAGUUCUAAGCCAAUUGAGAAUUGGACUGCACCAGCUGGGGCUUGGUGGCUUCUUUCCGAGGUCUCCUCAUUUGCGCCUAAAUCAGUUAACUGGAAGUUCCUCUCUCACCACUGGAAACUCCUUGAUAAUGUUGGCCAAGAAGGCAGAGGCAAAGGUAAAGCUUCUUCUGAAGGGGAACCAAACUCUGCGCUCUGGGCUGUGGAUCGUGUUUCACUCCUGCAAACUAUUUCAAAUGUCUCCAUGGAGCUACCUGUGGAGCCUGCAGCAGAACUGGCACACAGCUUACUCACGCGGAUUGAAAAUUUUGAUAUGAACCUGAGUGAGGUCGAUGCCCAUGUAAAGUCACUGAAAACUUUAUGUAAACGGAAAGCGAAAACGGCAAAGGAAGCUGAAGCACUAAUAAUGAAGUGGGUUCAGCAACUUAUCAAUAAAGCAGUUGAUAGUUUACAAAGCUACAUAAAAGGAACAUCACAAGAUUCCAGGGGUUGUAGCUACAAUACUCCUCUGACUGGCAAACUUAAGGGAAGAAAGGAGGCAUCCACAUCAAAGGAGAUGUCAGAAGCUGUUAUUGCUGUCUUCACCGUUGGAUCAGUGAUCCUAGCUUGCCCUGAUGCUAGUGUGCAAGGCAUCAUUCCUUUGCUGCACACAGUCAUAACCUCUGGAAACCCCGAGCCAAGACCAACAAUGCUUGCAGGUGGAGCCGUUUCUUUCAAUGAGGUAGCUCCAUCAUUAUAUAUACAGUCGUGGGAUACAAUGGCAAAAAUAUGCCUUGUAGAUGACAAACUAGCAAAACGAUAUAUUCCGCUCUUUGUUCAGGAGCUUGAGCGGAGUGAUUUGGCCACCCUCCGGAAUAACAUCAUGAUAGCAAUGGCUGACUUUUAUGUACGCUAUACAGCACUAGUUGACUGUUAUAUGUCAAAAAUAACAAAAGUGCUGCGUGAUCCCUGUGAAGUAGUACGGAGGCAAACGUUUGUCCUACUCGCAAAGUUGUUGCAGAGGGAUUACGUAAAAUGGAGAGGAGUGCUUUUCCUUCGGUUUCUGCCAUCUUUAGUUGACGAAUCGGAUAAGAUAAGGCAUUUGGCUGACUACCUAUUUGGAAGCAUCUUAAAAGCCAAAGCGCCACUUCUUGCAUAUAACAGUUUCAUAGAAGCUAUCUAUGUCCUAAACAAUUGCACAGGACAUGGUGGAUAUAGUGAGUCUCAGUCUCAGAGUUCUCAAGGGUCCCAAAGUUCAGACAGAGGACAAGCCCUUUUCGCGAUAUGGGGAACUGACGAAAGGUCAAGGUCAAAACGAAUGCACAUAUAUGUGUCCUUGUUGAAACAAAUGGCCCCGGAGCACCUUCUAGCUACAUCAGCCAAGUUAUGUGCUGAGAUCUUAGCAGGUGUUUGUGAUGGCUUGCUAAGUGUUGACGAUGCAGCUGGAAGGGCUGUAGUUCAGGAUGCUCUACAAAUACUAGCUUGCAAGGAGAUGCGCAUCCAUCCCAGCAUCCUUGCGGACAAUUCCGAGAUGGAUGAUGAUGGUGGAGAUGGCGGGACGGCCAACGCCCUCCAGGCGGCCAAAGGGCGGGCGGUGACCCAGGUGGCAAAGAAGAACCUGAUUCAGAUCGCGAUCCCGAUAUUCAUCGAGCUGAAGCGGCUGCUGGAGAGCAAGAACAGCCCUCUGACGGGGUGCCUGAUGGAGUGCUUGCGCGCCCUGCUCAAGGACUACAAGAACGAGUUCGAUGAGAUACUGGUGGCGGACAAGCAGCUUCAGAAGGAGCUCCUCUACGACAUACAGAAGUUUGAGGCCGGCAAGGGCAAGUCGUCCAGGGAAGAAGAGGCCGCCGGCCCCAGCGGGAGCUCUCCGGCUGCUCCUGAUCCGAGUGAUGCGGCAACGAAGGCCACGGUGCGGUCGGUGCUCAAGGAGAUGAACCGGAACGUGCCGACGCCACCGCUGCACACCAUGAGCGUACCCAAGGUGAAGUCGGUGCUGGGCACUGGAGCGCUGAGUGGCUCGCGCCGUCCAGCUAUCCUAGAAUCAGUCAGGCGGCUCGAGCCAUUUGGGUCAGACGAUGAGAAUUAGCAUGCCCACAACUUGCAAUUGAAGGAAAUGGAGUUAAUAUUGUUUACCAUUCAAGGUGUGUGCAUGCGAAGCCGCUUUACACGUCAUGAUGUUUACAAGACAGGGCAAGAGCAAAUUUGUGUUCAUUUCAUGGGGCAUUAUGUACUGAGAUGUCAUAUGCACCUGCAAGAGAUUUGAUAUUAUUAGGGUAUAGCACUUUCAGAAAUAUGUAACUGUAUCAUGAUGCCAAGAGGGACUACUUUUACUAGGCUCAUCUUCUCAAUGAGUUUCUUUUCUUUUCUUUUCUCUUUACUGAUUGAUUCUGUAGAUGUGUAAUUGUAAUCGAGUGGUGUCGAGAAAGCUGAAAUAAUUGCAAGUGCUUUCUUAACUAGUUGUACAAUAAUUGUUCAGAUGUUA